CCAAAGUUUUUUUUUUUUCAUCCGGUGUCUGGUGCCCACAUUAGAGCUCCAACUAAUUCAGAUCGCGCGUUGCAGGGCCCAUUAAGGUGGCAGCGCUCCCAACAGAGUUUUCUCCAUACCUAGGGUCGACCCCCGACCUCUGAUUAAGGGUGAAACAGCCCAAUCCACUGCACCACAAUCUAUGUCGGUAGUAUUUCCAAAGUUAUUAAUAUACGAACCCCAUUUGUAACUUGACAAUCAACUUCAAAAAAACACAAAAUGAACAACUUGUUUCCUAAUGAUUUCUCAAAUCAAACACCACCACCAACAACAACAACAACAACAAGAAAAGCAAUUAUUCUACCAAUUGAUCAAAAUUUGCAUUCAUCUUCAUCAUCAUCAAGUGAAUAUUCACCACUUUAUCUCAAUGAAAUUCAAAAAUUAACUCAAUUCCCAAAAAUCGAAGGCGAAGACGAUGCAUUAAGACAGGCAUAUCUUGCUGUCCUAUCAUCAUCGUCUUCGCCUUCUCCUUCUCCUUCUUUGUCUCGCGGACAAACUACAGACAAAUUGACACGAAUGAGUAGUGCAUUCACAAAGUUUAGACCAGACAAUUAUGUCUCAACAAGCUGUAAACACCACAACAACAACAUAUUGAAGAGGUACAUGACAUUUUUCAACAACCUGUAUAUGAUUAAUAGGCAAGAGGGGGUUCGCGCUACGACUACACAGGUUCAUCACAUGAUCUCAGAGCGAAGAAGGCGCGAAAAGCUUAACGAGAACUUUCAACAUCUAAGAUCUUUGCUCCCUCUAGGAACCAAGAAGGACAAAGCAUCAGUUCUUGCUAGUACAACAGACUACAUCAGUUGUUUGAAAGAUCAAGUGAAAGAAUUAUGUAAAAGGAAUGAAAUAUUGGAAGCACAAUUGUUAAACAAGAAAGAAGCAUUUCAAUUUCAACAAAAUGAAAGUGGAAAAGUAGCUGUUUACAUAACAAACGUAGAAGAAAGAAUUGUGGACUUGCAAGUUAUAGCCAGAGGAAAAUGCAGCAUAGUGGAUUUGGUUAUUUGCUUAAUGAAGUUCUUGAAAAUGGUUAAUUUUGUAAAUGUAGUGGCUAUUGAUGCAAACACAACAUUGGUUCAAUCAUGUCCGGUUGCUGUCAUAACCUUACGGCUGACAAUUCAGGGAGAUGAAUGGGAGGAAUCAACUUUCAUAGAAGCAACAAAAAGGGUUGUUGAAUACACGACAUAAUUUAUUGGUAAUGUCAUAAAAAAUUUGCACCACAAUUUUAUUGUAUGUAUAUAUAUAAGUCUAGCAAUAAAUAAUGUAUUCAGUCGAACUCACAGAAUUCGUCCUUUGAUACGUCUCUAUCACGAAGACGUUGCGAUCUAUAGACACUAUCGAUAAUUUUAAUUUUACAAUUUUGUUUGUAUCUAGU